AUGGCAGCUAAAGAAACAGCAUCUGGCCUCGAUCGCAAUUUUUUUGAAUCCUCGUCCCGGAAAGUCUCCUCCGCCAAGACCCAUGCAGCCAACAAAGCUGCCUCACUGAGGAAAUGCGUGUCCGCCCCAACCUCACCCUACAAGGAAACCUCUGAGCGAAUCACGCGGACGCCUCAUGACUUCCCAGUCUCUCGAAGUUCUUCAAAUUCUUGGCUCGAAGAUUUCUGGGUUUCGGAGACAGGGGCUUUGGUUCUAGAGUACUGGACCAAGGCCAAACAAUGGUAUCGAUCCUAUAGUGAUCACUUCGGUCAUGUGUAUAUUGCGUAUUUCUGUUUCUUCAUCUUGAUAACAACUUCAAACAUAGGAGUUUCGCAAAGUAAUUUCGAUCUCCUAUCCAAUACGAUUGGUGUCGCUGGCGUAUUCUCAGAAACGAUUGAGAAUGCAUAUUUGUUCGAAAGUAUCCCUGUUGAGCUUCGAGAUGCGGGCGCUGAUUUAAGAGCAUAUCAUGAUUUAUAUGCAGAUUCAAGUCGUAAUUCAAGACAUCAUACGCGAGCGGUGAGCAACUUGCUGUCUGAAUUGGAUGGGAUCGAUUAUCAUUGGAAGUCAUUCGAGAAUAGUAGGGAUAAAGCGAUAACGAGUGUCAAGGAAGAACUACAAGCUUCGCGUGCAAUAUUUCAGGCGGAAUAUGAGAGAUUGGGGGGAGCAAAUCGACGGCCAUUGGCUGGAUUAGGGAAACAAUGGGUUAAAAGAAUUCUGUUGCGCGAUCCGUGGGAAUCAAAGGUGCAUUUUACGGAAAGCAAUUGGAUGAAUAGUACAAUUGAAAUGGAAAAUUACAUUGACGUCUGGCGAAACAGAAGAAUACCGGAGCUGAGAUAUAAAUUUACCUCCUACCGGGGGGGCAAGACCGGCGGACUACCGGGAGUAGUAAAAGAAGUGAAGGAUAGUUGGCCGGUGAAGGAUCCGGGGCCUAAAAAAUUCAGAGUCGCGCCAGUAUAUGAGCUGGAGGAGGUAGCAAAGAAGGCGAUUAGUCUCUUGGGACAAGCGGAUGGAGUUUAUAAGGUAUUCUGGCAUGCGUUGCAAACUUUGAGGAAGACAGAGACGAAGAGAAAGGGUGCAUUUGGGAGAGGUCGUCUGGAGAUAUUGUUAGGGAAAUUUGAUGAAUCGAUCAAGAAGUUGGAGGCGGCGGAAUGGAAAAUUAGGGAGAGGCUUGGUAGUAAGUAUUAUUAA